GUAUCGUGAACGAUGGAACGUUGGUCUGGAAAAGUGGCGAUCGUGACGGGCGCAAGCUCUGGGAUUGGUGCGGCGAUCACUAGAUCCCUCGCUGAACACAAUGUUAAGGUGGCCGCUCUCGCGAGAAGGUUGCACAAACUUCAAGAGUUAGCCGACGAACUCCCCAAAUACAAGAUCUAUCCAAUCCAAUGCGACGUCACGAAGGAGGAAGAGAUUUUACGAGCAUUUCAAUGGGUCGAAGAGAAAUUAGGCGGUGCUGAUAUCCUCGUGAACAAUGCUGGAGUUUCAUCUACAUCGACGAUCCUUGAUUCACCCACAACAAAGUACCGUCUAAUAUUGGAUACUAACUUAGUGGCUCCCGCAAUCUGUUCAAGAGAAUUUUGUCAAUCGAUCAAGAAACGUAAUAGUUCCGGGCAUAUACUCAAUAUCAACAGCAUAGCUGGACGUUAUGCAGAAGCCAUCCAAAUGCCAUUCGGUAUGUACGGUCCUAGUAAAUAUGGCCUGUCGGCUUUAGCUGCGGAACUUCGACAUGAAAUAAUCUUGGCAAAACUCAAUAUAAGAGUCACGAAUAUCAGUCCUGGUGCAGUACUUACAGAUAUGAUUAAAGGCAUAUUCGAAAAGUGUAAUGAUGUGGUCCAUAAUUCGGCAAUGUUAUAUUCGGAAGAUAUUGCUGAGUUAGUGAUCUAUGCGUUAGAAAUACCAGAACGUGCUGAGAUUUACGAGCUGACAGUUAUACCUAAAAAUGCAAUAGUUGGCGUCCCAUCCGAUGUAGUCCAAAGGUUUUCACCCUUUGAGCAAUCUUCUAAUUAAUUUAAGUCUCAUCGACAAUCCGACAUAAACAGACUGUAAUCGUAG